AUGGCGCCUGAUAAGAAGGCACCCGACCAGCCCGAUCCAUCUCGGGCAACGGGCACUGCAGCCAGCGAAACCUCUGCUGCGUCUCGGCCGAUUAUGCGAUCAUCGUCUUCUUUCCGGAGAGGUUAUGGUACCUUGGAUUCACAAACCUUUGAUGCUACCGCGUCUGAGCCCCUCGAAGAAGAAAACACCCAGGAUGACCAAGGGAGCAGCGCAUACACCUCGUCGGCUAUCCCUGAUCGGCCUCGAAAGCCAUCUGUUGGUCGUCGCAUGUCCUCGAAGCGAUUCGCGCCCCACAAGGGUCAGGGUUUCUCUGUCGACGAUGAUGCAAAGGAGGUUGAAGAAGAUUUCGCCCAGCACAAAGCGACAGCGACGCAACAACAGUCUCCACGGCUUCGGCCCACGCGCCCCGGUAGUUCCACUCUACGCCGUCGCCAUGGAGUCCGACCGAGUCCACUGAUUCGAGCCGAGUCGGAUAGUCAAGCGAUGGAUGAAACCGCUCUCCCAGAACCCGACAUGGAUCCCGCAGCCAAGGCGCCAUCAAUCCGCCAUUCUGACGGUGGUAGUGUUGGUUCCGAUGGAGAGGAUCUUGAGGGCUCUGACGUGGACGACGAAGAAGUUUCAAGCGAUGCCGAGAGCUUCACGCUGAAAGACCGCCAGCAGGCGAUUAACGAGACUCACCCGUUCGGUAUCAGGAUCUGGAAGCCGGCGAUCUACAAAAAGAGUCGGUCGGUGGAGAAGACUGCCGAGGGUGAUAUUCACUCCUCUCCGGGAGGUCGCGUCAGUUCGGUGCUUUUUGCCACUAACCUGCUCUGGACGGUGCUCUUUGGUUGGUGGCUGGCGCUGGCUGCUCUCUUCGCUGCACUUGCAUGCUUCUUGUGCGCAUUCUCCCCCAGCGCGGUAGAGUAUGGGAGAGUCUUCGCCGGAUUGUCCCGCUACCUGCUCUAUCCUUUCGGUUCCUUUGUGCUCCUACGCUCUGAUGACAACUAUGCCGAGGAAGACGAAGGCGAAGGCCGCAGCAUAAGCGAGUACGAGCAAUGGCAAAACGGAGAUCUCGAGCAUGGUCGUCUCUUCUUUGGCCCGCGCCGCGAGCGAUCCCUGGUGGGAAGACGCCGCAACAGUGUUGACUCUGCGGGUGAGCAGGACAGUCUGCUCGGUCGCACCCAACGUGGCCAGUCAGAAGACUCUCAAUUAAACACCUCCAAGCGUCGACUGUUUGGUCGUGGUGAGUGGAGUCUUGGUCGGGUGGUGUUUUUUGUCUUCUUCUACUUCUGGAUGGGACCCUUGAUACUCCUAGUCUCGCUGGUCUGUUGGCUACUCGUGUUUUGGAUUCCAAUGGGUCGAGUGACUUUGAUCCUGACGAGUCAUUUGCGCCGCCAUCCUCUUGCGCUGUCAUUCCACUCCGAUACGUCUUACUCUAGGAUCAACACCGGCUCUUCGUCCACCUCGAUUUUGCUCUGCACGUACCGUGCAGUUGGCACAAGAUACUGGAAGUAUACCAUUGACGGUACCAACAUCUUCUUCAUCAACUUGCUUGCUCUCGUUGUAUUUGUCAUCUUCGACUUCUAUGUGCUCGGAAAGUGGCUGGCCAUUGAGUCUUGGAUCACACAUCCGGCCCUGGUGUUCACCUUGUCACUGAUUUCAGUGAUCCCUCUUGCCUAUUUUAUCGGACAGGCUGUAGCCUCCAUCUCCGCUCAGUCAUCAAUGGGACUAGGCGCUGCAAUCAACGCCUUCUUCUCCACUGUUGUUGAAGUCUAUCUAUAUUGCGUUGCUCUGACUGAGGGUAAGUCCCAGCUUGUGGAAGGCAGCAUCAUCGGAAGUCUUUUUGCAGGUAUUCUCUUCUUGCCAGGGCUUUCAAUGUGCUUCGGUGCAAUCAAACGUAAAACACAGCGGUUCAACGUCAAGUCCGCCGGUGUAACUUCGACCAUGCUUUUGUUUGCUGUGAUUGCGGCGUUUGGCCCGACAUUAUUCUAUCAAGUUUAUGGAAGUCACGAGUUGAACUGUCAUUCCUGUGCUCAUGGACCGGACCCCAAGAGCAGGGAUUGCCGUCGAUGCUACUUCUCUCAGACAGCAGCAGUUGAUGACGCCUUCUUCAAAAAAGCUGUCCAGCCAUAUGCUUGGAUCUGUGCUGUGCUUUUGUUCCUUUCGUAUAUAAUUGGUCUGUGGUUCACACUGCGAACACACGCUGCCUUGAUUUGGGCGACAGAAGUCGAGGAGAAGGAGAAGGAGAAGAAGGCCGCGCAUCAAAUGUCUGAUUCGUACACUCUGGAACCAAGACACUUGCUCACCCAGGUAGGACCUGAGGCGUCAGGUGCCGUUAACAGUCAAAAGGACUCUAUUCGCGAGUCGCAGCUCUACAGGCGCAUCUUGGGGCAAUCGCUCCGCCAAGUUGGUCUUGAAGAUAACAGCGGAGGCUACUUUGAGCAGGUGGAAAGUGGCUCUUCGGGCAAGAAACCCGAGACGCCCUACCUAGUUCCGCCUCGAUCUGGUGGCGGGGAUGACGAGGGCACUUGCGGGCCCAAGCCUCUCCAUAGCCUCUCUGGCGAAGAGAAUGAACGUCUUGUGCGUCAAGUCACAGAAGUUGCAGCAACGGCCGCUGCAGUGGCUGCCCGGGAUGUAGCUCGUGGCCGCCGACACUCAGCUCAGCAGGUUCUCACAGCACGUCAAGCUGGUCGUACUGCCGCUGAGCAGACCAAAAAUCAAGCUGCCAAUGACGACCACGACGACAUUGGGAUCACUGCGGAGCCUCCUCACGGCGGUGGUGGUCAUGACGCACCCAACUGGAGUAAGGCUAAGAGUUCGAUUAUCCUGCUCAGCGCCACUGUGGCUUAUGCGAUUAUUGCGGAGAUUUUGGUCAAUACAGUGGACGUCGUUUUGGAAAGUGUCGACGUUGAUGAAAAGUUCCUCGGUGUUACCUUGUUUGCUCUCGUGCCCAACACAACUGAGUUUUUGAACGCCAUUUCAUUUGCUAUGAACGGCAACAUCGCCUUGUCAAUGGAAAUUGGCUCAGCCUACGCACUUCAAGUCUGUCUGUUGCAGGUACCUGCGGUGGUCCUCUUCAGCGCAUUUUAUACCCGCUCAAUCGACCCGUUGGAGCUGGCGAGCCACUCAUUCAACUUGAUCUUCCCACAAUGGGACAUGAUCACUGUAAUUCUAUGCGUGUUCUUGCUGUCCUACGUCUACGGCGAGGGUAAGAGCAACUAUUUCAAGGGAUCCGUCCUUCUUUUGACAUAUGUGGUCGUCAUGGUUGGUUUCUACCUGUCCGGGUACAGCAACAUGGACAACCUUGGAGUCGAUCGCUUCGACACCCUUGCUAUCGGCGCAUCUCGUGGCGAAGCUUUCUACACUGUCGGUCGCCCGACUUCUGGUCGGGCCUUCUGA